CUCUCCCCAACCUCUCCCUGAGACAGUCUGUGCUUCUCUGUGGGACUCCAAAAACGGGCCAGUGUUACUCUCCUCUCAGCCCAAACUACACCUCUGAUCCCAGGACUUCAGUACACAGAUCCCCCUGCUCUGCUUCAGAGAGUCAGCUGGACCUGCUGCUGCCAGAGAUUUCAACUUCAAUACCCUUUUCUUUGGAAAAAAAAAAUCAUCUGAUGGAAUAAGUCAGUUUAUGUGCCUGUCCUAAGUAUGGAACUGCAGAAGCUAUCAAAUGGUAAUCACCACCAUGAAGUGGCUGUGCCUGUGGAGGGAGGAGUUCCACCAGAGGAAGAAAAAUUCCUUCAACACAGGAGUGAUGGAUCAAAGAGACCUCAGUUCACAGAUUUUGAGGGUAAAACCUCCUUUGGGAUGUCUGUUUUCAAUCUGAGCAAUGCCAUCAUGGGCAGCGGCAUUCUGGGUCUGUCGUACGCCAUGUCCAACACUGGCAUCAUCCUUUUCCUGUUUUCCCACUUCUUCUUGACCCAGGCAGGCUGGACCUUCCCCUGCAGGAUCCUGUUGACAUGUAUCGCCUUACUGUCUUGUUAUUCCAUCCAUCUGCUGCUACGCAGUGCUGGAGUUGUGGGUAUCCGUGCCUAUGAGCAGCUUGGCCUGAGAGCUUUUGGUCACCCAGGGAAGAUUGUAGCAGCUGUCAUCAUCACACUACAUAACAUUGGAGCCAUGUCCAGCUACCUGUUCAUAGUUAAAUCUGAGUUACCAUUGGUCAUCCAAGCCUUCCUUGGCCACACAUCCAGCUCUGACGACUGGUUCAUGAACGGAAACUACCUUAUCAUCAUCGUCACUGUCUGCCUCAUCCUCCCGCUGACCCUGAUGAAACACCUCGGGUAUCUUGGUUAUACCAGUGGCUUCUCUCUCUCCUGCAUGGUCUUCUUCCUCUCUGCGGUAAUCUACAAGAAAUUCAACAUUGCCUGCCCUCUGGAAGUGUUUGGCAACCACUCUGUGAACACAGCCAUCUCAGAGAACACAUGCACUGCAAAAUUCCUCACCAUCAACCAAGAGACGGCAUAUACCAUCCCCAUCCUGGCAUUCGCUUUUGUAUGUCACCCUGAAGUACUUCCCAUCUACACUGAACUGAGCAACCCAACCAAGAGAAGAAUGCAGAAUAUUGGCAAUGUUUCCAUCCUGGGCAUGUUCAUCAUGUACUUCCUCACUGCCACGUUUGGCUAUCUGACCUUCUACGAGAACACCGAAGCAGAGCUCCUCCAUACCUACAGUAAGGUGGACCCCCUUGACACUCUGAUCCUGUGUGUUCGGCUGGCUGUCCUGGUGGCUGUCACUCUGACUGUACCUGUGGUCUUGUUUCCUGUAAGAAUGUGUGGCCUUCACUCACACACAUCCAAAACAAAAACAAAACAAACAAACAAAACAAAAAAACAGGCCAGUCUCUACAACACAUUCUCAACCCAAGUCGACAUUGCCACAAUGUCAGUGGCCUUUCACGUCAUUGCAUAUUUUCUUGCAUCUGCUGUUGAAGUUUCCAGAUGCCGCAAUCAACUACAGGACAACAAAUGCACAUGGUCAAACCAUCAUGGUUUGGUUCUACAUUCAUACAGUGUGAACAGUUCAUACAGCUUCUUGGACCUAUCCACCACCCCUUCCGCCCACCCUAUAAGGACAGCUCCUUAAAUAAUGUCAUUAGCAGCAGCAUGUCAACCUGACACUGUCCAGUGGCAUAUCAUACUGCCAGACACGUGCCGUGCCUGAAGUGACGACGUCCAUGAAUCAUACGUCAUAACACUGCAAAAGGUUUGGUGAAGCCACGUUGCAAGCUGACACUGUCUACUCUGCGAAAAGUGGCUUUUGGCAUCAGGUGUCUGGGGCCAAAAUUACUGACAACGUGGCAGUGAUUG